UUUAAAUUCAGCUACACAAAAUUUCACAGUGGUAAAUAAUGAUGUAAAGUUCAAUCCAUAUAUAACGUCCAACUUGUCUUUGAUUUUCGUAGGUGUAUUGCUUUUAAAAAACAAAUAUUUAAUGACAGCUCGAUACUCGAUUUUUUCAAUUUUCACAAAACAUUCACAUCGAUUCAUUCAAAUGAUUGUCAAACAACUGCGCAUCCAAAAUAUCUGAAAUUUUACUAUGUCCAAUGAGGAGCGUCUUCGAAAAUUAUUAUCUGAUUUAGGAAAGGCAACUUUACGUGGUGUGAGAAAGUGUCCAAAAUGUGGAACAUAUAACGGAUCUCGUGGAUUGUGUUGUAAAAAUAAAUAUUGUGAUGCGGUAUUUAAAGAACCAGGAGAAAAACGAAAAUUAUCUACGGAAGCUUGUAAAUUAAUAACCGGUUCGACUGCGCAAGUGUUCUCUGUUCGAGUGAGAGACAAAGGUCCUGAUUAUCGAGGUUUUGUACAAUUGCCAUUAAUAAAUGCAACAAUUUCUAACGAAAUUACAACAUUAAUUUCACAAACAACCGCUCUAUGUUUUGUGGAUACUUGCGAGAGAAGUUUUGAUACCAGUGUCCUUAAAUGUCAUGAGAAAGAUUCAUCUGAUUUAUCCGUAUCAACGUGUCAACAUAUCCAAGCUGCAUUAAGAUGUUAUGCUGAGGCUCAACCAUUGACCCUAAGAAAUUCUAUUUUAUCAUCUUUAAAUGUAAACAAUGAAAUGAAACAAGAAAUUUGGUUAUUAGCUACAGAAACCUCUGGUCCAUUGGUACAAAGAGUUUCUAAAAAUAUAAUGGCUGUAAAAUGUAAAGCUUCGCCAAAACAUCCUUUAGGAUAUCUUCAUUUUUCUUUCUUUGUUACUAAAUUGAAAGAUAGAGUAGAACAUCGUUGUUUUUGUAGUUGUACUGCAUUUAAGGGUACAACAAAAUCAAUUGGAGAUAAGAUAGAAACAAUGCAUUUUUUGCAAGCAAAGCGCUGUGUACAUUUUUAUGCAUGUAUAUGUGCCUUUGCUAGUGAUCCUAAAUUGUCGGAAGAAUUUAGUUAUUAUAUAAACUUAGAUCAAAAUGAUUUAAGUAUACCAAAGCCAUCAGUAUCAAUUUUGCAACAUAAUGAACAAGAUAAAAUAGUUGGAAUAGAUCUAGAUGCUUUAAACACAGAUGAUGCUGAUACACAUCUGUUGAUUUUUCGUGAUGACACUUUAACUGUGCAAAGUUUAGAUGGAAAUAGACUUGAUUUAGAUUCAAUGAACUUGGAUUCAUCAAUUUUACCUAAUAGCAUUGUUGAAAAUAUUGAAGUGGAAUGUGAUCGUAGUUUGUUAGAAGAUAAUAAUAUUAUUUCUCAGGUUCAUAAUUUGGAAGUUAUCGAUCAGAAUGGUGUACAAUUUAAUGGAAAUACGAUGAAAAUAUUAGAUGAGCAAACUGAAAUUGAUACAAAGUACAAUGUAUUAAAUAGUCAAUAUAUAUUAAAUGAUAAUAAUAUAAAAAUAUUAAAUACCGGAAAUUUAAAAGUCAUUGAUACAAAUACAGUAUUAGAUGUAAACAAUAUAAAAUUAAUAGAUACUAAUGCAGUAAUAAAUGGUAGUGAGAUUAAGAUGAUAGAAAAGAAUGCUUUAAUACAAUAUGAUAAUGGAAAUAUAUCUAAUUCUGAAAGUGGUUCUAUCCAACCGGCUGUUUCGAUAAAGAGAAAAAGAGAUGACAAAAAUAUGAAUAAAUUAAAUGCUACAGGUCUAAAUAAUUUAAGUUCCAUUGAACCUAGAAAAUCAAAAGCAAAACCAACUAUUAUAAAGAGAUAUCAAAAUUCAUGCGAAGACUUGGACGAAGCUAAUACAAGCCUAUCUUUCAUAAAAUGGUUAGCAUCAAUUACGGAGAGAAUAAAUCAAACAAUGCAUUUUCAAUUUGAUGGAAAACCUGACCCUUUGGUAUUUCAUGUACCACAAAUAUUUUUUGAUUGUUUACGAGAGAGAAUAUCUUGUGGCGGUAAGAAAAAACGUUUACCUAAUUCAACAACAGCCUUUGUCAGAAAAGAUGGAGUACCAUUGGGCACCUUUACUAAAUAUACAUGGCAAAUUACAAAUAUAUUACACGUGAAGAGUAUUUUUGAAACGCCUCUUAUACCUUUAGAAAUAACACGAAGUUUUAUACAAAAUGCAGAUGGUACAUACGAAUUAUAUAAACGAAAAGAAACUGAUAUCGAUCGGUAUAAAAAAACAAAUAAUAAUGCAUUGAUCAAACCAUUGGAAUUGAAAACUUAUCUAAAAGUUGUUUUCCAAAUAAUAUUUUUAGGUAAUACUUCUCCAAAUCAAGUGGAACCAACGCCAUUUUUAAUAGAAUGGAUACCGGAUAUUCUACCAAUAUCGAAAAUUGGCGAAUUGAGAAUUCGAUUUGAAUUUGGACACGUUAAAAAUGAAGCUAGCCAAAGAUGGAGAAAGAUAGCAUUAUCGAAAAAUUAUUGAAUAAAAAGUUAAAAUGUCUAUAUAAGUUAAGUAUUUAUUUUAAAGUAUUGUAUUGUUAUUUCUUUGUUAUUGCAAAAUUUUAAGUGUUUGAAAAAGAACAAAAAGAAAAAAGAAAAAAAAAAAAAACAGAAAAAAAAAGUAAAAGGAGAAAAAAAACCGUAAGAAUAUUUUACAUUGCAUAGUCAUGUAUAUAUCUAAAUCGGCUAUUAAUCGUAAUGCGAAACGAUUUUAUGUUAUAUAUUAUAAAUUAAUUUAAAUGAACUUUAACCCUUUCAGUACAUAAAUUCUAAUAACGAAUAUAUCAAAAUAAUGUGUAAUUAACUUUGUAUAUUUUUAUGAAUGCUUGUACAUUAUUUAUAUAUUUUAUCUGUGUGAAUAUAUUUCAAUUUAAAUUGAAUUAUAAUAUAUUUAACUAACUAGUACUUGAAGGGUUAAAUAAUGCAAAAUUUUUAAUUGUAUAAAAAAAGCAUAUAUACAUAUAUAUAUAUAUAUAUAUAUGCUCCAAAAAAAAAUUUAAAUACGUUAGAAAGUUAUAUUCUCGAUGAUGUACUGAAACAUAUAUAAGUAUUGCUAUUUCUGUUUUUGAUACUCUAAUAGGUUGGAGUUGAAAUUGUUAAAUACAAAGACUGAUCUAAUUUACUCUGUUUUUUAAAGAUGGGUACAAAAUGCGUUCCUAAAUAAACAAUUGUUUGCCGAUGCGCGAAUAAAAUUUUAGAGAAUCAUUUAGAGCAUCGUUUAAUGAUAAUUAGAUUAUAUUGAUGAAAACUUGUUUGAACAAGCAAUUUGUAUAUUUUAAAUUUUCCUAUUUUUUAUUUAUUUAUUAAAACUACUACUACCGAGAUGAAUCGACGUUAAAAGAAAGAAAGAAAAAGAAAAAAAAAAAAAUUCGAAUUGUUUUUAUUAUAUAAUGACUAAUGUAUCAUACAACAUAUGUCGAUUUAAUAUAUUGUGUAUAUAUAUGUGUAUGAACGUGUAUAUAUAUAUAUAUAUAUAUAUAUAUAUACACAUAUCUUAGAUCGGAAAUGCUAAAAAAUAUGUUAUUUAAUAAAUGCGUAUUCUAUAAUAUUGUAAAUUUUUUUCGAUUAUUUUCCUGCAACCAUAUUCAAUCAUUUAAUGCAUAAAAAAAUUCUACAGCAUGAUUACGUUAUAAAAACAAUUGCCAUACAUAAUACAUGAAAGAAAUAAAGAUUGUAUAUUCAAGGAGUAUCGAAUAAAAUGUCUUUUUUCGCGGAUUUUAGAAGUACGAACGUUAAAACAUAUCUAUCAAGUCUCAAGGUUAAACCAAAUGUAAAUAUCAAGAUCAUGAUUGCCAUUACAAAUUUCAAAUCUCCAAUUUGAUUUUAUUAUCCUUGCACAAAAAAAAUUUUAUUUGCGAGGAUAAAGAAAGAUAGAUAGAAAUGGAGAUAGAGAGAUAGAGAGAGAGAGAGAGAGAGA